UGAACUCUAAACCCUCACCUCAAGAGAUAGUUUCAUUCUCUUAUCAAAAUUUAUUUUUCUUCCGAUUCUUACAAAGAUAAGAUAAUUAUAAUGGAUAGCCUUACAAUUUUCUCACUUCUUCUGAUUUCCAGCCUUCUGCUUCUCUUUUUCUCUCAUGGAUUUGGGGUGGAUGUGAUGGGGAGUGGGGAACAUCCAGAGUCUAUGACUCCACUCAAGCAGGAAAGCAUACAAAAAUCGAGGAAGGUGAAUGAAGUUGCAAAUUAUCAUGAUCCAGCACCUAAUCAUCCUACAAUGUUUCACCCUACAAAGAUUUUGAAUGCUAGUCCUCCUUCUCUAAGGAAGAUGAUUGAAGUUGAAGACUAUCAAGAUCCAGGACCUAAUCGCCCUAUAAAGAUUUCGAAUGCUAGUCCUCCUUCUCCAAGGAAGAUGACUGUAGUUGAAGACUAUCAAGAUCCAGGACCUAAUCGCCCUACAAUGUUUCGUCCUAUAAAGAUUUCGAAUGCUAGUCCUCAUUCUCCAGGGAAGAUGAUUGUAGUUGAAGACUAUCAAGAUCCAGGACCUAAUCGCCCUAUAAUGUUUCGCCCUAUAAAGAUUUCGACUGUUAGUCCUCCUUCUCCAAGGAAGAAGAUUGUAGUUGAAGACUAUCAAGAUCCAGGACCUAAUCGCCCUACAAUGUUUCACCCUAUAAAAAUUUCAAAUGCUAGUCCUCCUUCAACAAAUAAGAUGAUUGAAGUUGAAGACUAUCAAGAUCCAGGACCUAAUCGCCCUGCAAUGUUUCGCCCUACAAAGAUUUCGAAUGCUAGUCCUCCUUCUCCAAGUAAGAUGAUUGAAGUUAAAAACCAUCGUGAUCCAGGACCUAAUUGUCGUACAAUAUUCGGCCUUAUAAAAAAUUUGUGCGGUAGCCCUCCUCCAAAAGUGUAGUUCACAUCUCAUCCCUUUGUCUCCUACCUCAAGGCCAACCAACACAAACAUAUCAAAAUUAUAUCCUACAAACAAGAGUCUCAAAUGUUACUCCUUACUCUUAUGUGUAAUCCAUGCAUUGGAGUUGCUGAGAAAUGCAUCUCUCUCUCCCCUCUCUCUAAAUUCUACGUGUAACGCUCUCUUUUCUCUCAUGAGUAUAAAUAAUCCAUGCAUGGAACGUUACAAAAUGUA